AUGAGAUGGCUGCUCAAUUUUGUGAAACUCUAUGGCCUAAAUUUGAAGAGAAAGCAAGCAAUGAGAACGAAUGAUGAGGAGACAAUUACUCGUUUGCAGAAUCAAAUUAAUCGUCUUAUCCACUCCCACCAGGUUAAUGCUGUUAAAAAUGAGAAAAAUGGAUCUAAGAAAUGGUGGAGUAAAGUUAACAGUAUGACUGGAAGAAAAGGAAACACUUUACCAGUUAGUUCUAUAAUAGAGCCAAGUGUAAUAAACACUUACUUUCAAGGCAUAAAUACUGACCCUGAAUACACUGCUCCCCAGUUGCUGUCGAUCCCUAAGGACACCAGAAUUCCCUCGCUUUCAUUAGACAUGGUGCAUAAUUUUUUGCGAAAAGUGAAACGCACAACAUCCGGACCUGAUGACAUACCAUACUGGUUUUGGAAGACAUACGCAGUGAUAUUGACUCCUGUUAUAACAGGAAUAUUUAAUACUUCUGUGAAGAGUGGGAAGACUCCGAAUGUUUGGAAAAGAGCUGAUGUGAUACCCAGUCCAAAAGAAAACUCAAUUAGUUCCUGUUCCCAACUUAGACCUAUCUCAUUAACAGAUAUCAUCAUGCGCCUAUUUGAGAAAUGUAUCAAAGUGAAGUUGCCGAUACAGUGUAUAAUUAUAUUGGGGAUGAUCAAUUUGCAUAUAAAAAAGGGCAUAAUUCUACAUGGCCCUAAUAAAAUAUCAACAUACGUGGUUAAAAAGCCUUGAUGAAGGUGCUAAAUCAGUUAGAGUAAUCUCAUUUGACUUUAGUAAAGCAUUUGAUAGUGUCCCGCAUGAUAUUUUGUUUAAUAAAAUAAAGAAAAUACCCAUUAAUCCAUAUAUUAUAAACUGGAUGAUUGACUUUUUGAACAACCGCAGACAGAGAGUGAAAGUCGAUGGUGUCACAACUGAAUUUCUUGACAAUCGUGGCGUACCCCAGGUUACUGUACUUGGACCUGUAAUGUUUACUAUAAUGGUCAAUGAUAUCAAGGUGGUGAAUCUCUCCAAUGGUUUAUCUAAAUUUGCUGAUGAUAUUGCAAUAAUAGUACCAGUUUAUGAUUACGAAGAUUCAGCUGGGGAUGAAGUGGAAAACAUGAAACUAUGGUCAAACGAGAAUAGAAUGUCUUUAAACAUGGAGAAAACCUAUGAAAUGAUAGUUCGCGGGAAAAUGUCUACUCCCCUUCCUGAUCACAUUCCAUCCAUAAAACGGAAAGAAUGGCUCAAAUUAUUGGGUGUCACGAUGGAAGACAUACCUGGAAAAUGGGGUCUUUUCACCUUUGCAGCCGAAGUUUGGGGCCGGAGCAUCGUACAACAAAUACGUAAGUCAGAUAUUGAUAAGUUUGUCAAUCGUGCCUAUAGAAAUAGCUAUACAAGCAACAGAUCAGAUUUUAAAGCAACAAUAUCGAACAGAGACAAGAAAUUAUGGUCAAGAAUUAUAAAUGAUGAUAAGAAUGCACACAAUCUUUUACCUAGUAAGUUAAAUCGACCUUUAAGACGGAGAGGUCAUGACUUUGAACUACCAAUUGUAUAA